AUGAUUUUCCAUAUUCCUCCUCGUUCCCGCCAAUUGUUCCACAAAACAAGUUUGACUGUGCAGACAGUGGUGAGAUUAUGGAAUUUAAAUUUGCACUCUCAGACAACUGGCCUUUGUGUCGAAUCUGGUUUUAGUUCCUCGUGUAAAUCAGAAGAACUGCAUUCUAUUUCAACUGCAAAGCCUCCUCACAUGCCUGUCAUGAUCAAAGAGGUGCUUCACUACUUGGACAUCCACCCUGGUCAUGUUGUCCUCGACAUGACAUUUGGCGGUGGUGGUCAUACCAAAGCAGUACUUAAAGCCAUUUGUGAUGUUACUGUCCUGGCUUUAGAUCGAGAUCCUAUGGCAAUUUCCCUGGCCGAAGAAUUGGCAAAGGAGAACCCUGGCCGUGUUAAACCAUUUCUUGGACUAUUCAGCGAGCUUGAAUCCCUGCUCUCUAGCGUCAACGUAAAAGCUGGAAGUAUUGAUGCUGUCCUAUUGGAUGCUGGCUGUUCUUCAAUGCAGCUCGAUCAAGCCGAAAGAGGUUUCUCACUCAGCAAGGAUGGGCCCUUGGACAUGAGAAUGGAUGGAGUGAGGUUCUCCGACAUGCCUUGUGCUGCUGACGUGGUGAAUACCUUAGAUCAACAGGCUCUUGCUUCUAUACUCACUGCAUAUGGUGAAGAGAGACACGCUAGGAAAAUAGCUUCUGCCAUUGUGGAGGCACGCCGUGUCAACCCCAUCACCCGGACACAGCAGCUUGCAAGUGUGGUUGCAGGAUCUUUUCCUUCAGCGGCUGUCUAUGCCCGUAAGGACAGACUCCAUCGACCUGCGCAUGUGGCUACGAAGACCUUUCAGGCUUUGCGCAUCUUUGUGAAUAAUGAGUUGAACGAACUUCACGCUGGUCUGCAAGCAGCACAGACAGUACUGAGAUCUGGAGGACGUCUCUGCGUCAUCACAUUUCACUCACUGGAAGACAGACUUGUGAAGCGCUUCCUUCAGGGGGAUGAUCUGUCCAAUUUUGAACACUCUCACUUUGGCCUGUGGAAGCAAAGGACAGGAAAAUCAGCAGGGAUGAAAAAAGAUGGAAGUGGUUUUUGGCAUCCUUUGUCUAAAAAGGUGAUCACCCCAGAAAAAGAUGACGUGAAAGAGAAUGCUCGAGCUCGCUCUGCAAAACUAAGGGUAGCCCUCAGAUGUUAA